AUGUCUGAAUGUGUGGUGUCUUCUGGGCCACCCCAGGGUCUUCGCCUUGCACCCCCUGAGGCACCAGUCACAGGAUACAUGUUUGGUAAAGGUGUCUAUUUUGCUGACAUGGUUUCCAAAUUGGCCAACUACUGUUGCACCUCAAAGUCAAACUCAACUGGGUUAAUUCUUCUCUGUGAAGUUGCACUCAGCAAUAUGUAUGAAAGACUCGGUGCAGAGUAUGUGGAGAAACUCCCUGCUAACAAACACAGCACCAAGGGCCUGGGCCGCACAUGUCCUGACCCCAAGGCGACCAUCAAGGUGGAGGAUGGUGUGGAAGUUCCUCUUGGUAAAGGUAUCACUUCAGGUGUCAAAAACACAUCACUUCUGUAUAAUGAGUACAUCGUUUAUGAUGUUGCCCAAAUCAAUGCAAAAUACCUCUUGAAAUUAGAUUUCCAGUACAAGUAUUAGAUUUGCAGCUGUAAUUGCUACUAUCUAUUGAUUUCUUUUGAGAAUUGGCAAGUUUAGAUCUCAGAACAUAGUCUUGAUCUUUUUGUAACAGAUCUGCUCAUUUUUAUAUACAUUAAACCCUCGUAUUACCAGACUAAUUGAGAUGAAGCCACUGAUGUUAAAGGCAAAAAUCUGAUAAAAGUGGCAAUGAGUGGAUUAGAAGUGCCACAACCUCUAACAACAUCUGCCAGUGGGAGGCUGAGGCAGAAGCAGUGUGUGGGUGCCAGGGUUAA